CUAGCUGUAGAACUUUCAUUUCCACCAACCCGCGACCCUGGAAUUAUUCUUGGAAAAGAUGAAAUACCUACAUUAGACAUGCCAGCAGUGUUGGGAUCACAAAUUAUGGGGGAAGGAAGAACAGCCUUUGAUGCUCUGGAAAAAUUUUGCAGCAGUCAUGAACAAACAUAUGCUGAAUUCUUAGAAUCAUUUAUGCACCUCAAAAAAGAGGACCUGAAGAAACAAAAGACAUCUCCUGAAGUUGGCAGCAUUGCAGAUAACAAAUAUAAACUAACUCGGAGGGUAUUGUUGGAAAAUUUGGUCCAGGUCGAAGGAGAGAUGCCCAAGGAUGACAAGAAGGUGGAACAUUACGUUGACGUUGAGGAAAAGGGCAAUGAAAAACAAACUGAACACCAAAGCAACACUGCUCAUUGGAACUGUCAAGAGACCUGUCAAAACUGCCAGAAACAGAUGUCUCAGGGAUCUUCCAAAUGUCAAGAGGAACUGUCAAGCUGCGAAAAGCCCUACCCUUCGAAUUUCAACAAAAAUGUCUGGAGUGCGAGAACAGGCCUAGAAGUACUCCCUGGUGAAAUAGUCGAUGAAACUGCUGCAAAUUAUUCUCAUUAUGAAAGUAAACAUACAUCACUUAACUUCACAGUGAAUCCAAAUGUUGAAAAGGUUAAUGUUCAAACAUAUGACCAGGUAUUGUCAGAUGAAAUCCAGCCUUUCACAUUGGAUGAAGAUUUUGACUAUGACCAUGUCAAUCUCAAGCCUAAAUACACUGAGGCUGAACUUAAAAUGAUUUCUACCUUGUCAAAGCAGAGGUUAGAAAGGGAGGACUUAAUGUAGAAAAACCAAAGGAUUCGACUAUUUCCUGUUGUAUCAACCAGAUUGUCUGACUUUUGGGUGAAAACAGUGCUUUACAUCAAGCAUUAUCUGGAAGGGAGACAUUUUCAGCACACAAAAGACCAGUAUGAGUUGAAAUAAUGCUAUGAAAUAUGAGUAAAUUUCAUUCCUUAUUACUUUUAAAGCAUUAAAAUAGAAAUAUUUCAUAUGAACCUAUGAUAUGCUUGCUAUUAGU